CGAGUUAUCGAGGGUAAAAUUAUACAGAAAAUGACCCGAAGGGAAACGAAAAUUGCUUCGAGUUAGCGGGUGGUUCGAGUUAUAGAGGGUUCGAGUUUCCUAGGGUAAAAUUGUCGGAAAUCCAGGGGAAAUCGAUUUUGGUUCGAGUUAGCGUGAGGUUCGAGUUAGCCUGGGUUCGAUUUAUCGGGUAAAAGGUAAAGUCUGCAUGCGAGCCAAGUGGUCCGAUUUAUCGGGAGUCGACGGUAAAAGAAAAAACGAUUGUACAUGACAAAUCUUCAAAACUGACUUACAUUAUAUCGCCCAGCACAAAAUUUUACCAUCAAAAGCUUUCACCGAUUCUGAUGAUGUUUUAGCCUGUGAACAGGCUCUGGCUGACAGACUCUAACCGCGGCUAGAAGGGCUGAGAAGGAACUGGUUGAGAGUUAAGUGGCGGAGGAAGGAAUGGUGUGGCAGGCUCUCUCCUUCGCUCUCCUUUCACUCCUUUCUCUUCUCUCCUCUUUCUUCCCUCUUUCUCUUAGCGACAUCCUCGACUAGAGAGCAUGUUCACAGGCUAAUUGUGUUUCAGAUUGCGUAUCUGUGACUAGCGUGAGUCACGAAUCUCGCGUGACGGGUGUGAAUCUCGUUACUUUGCAAAGUUUUAAGUUGAAAACCUCACCAAACGUCUUUGAAGUGCGAAGGAAGCUAACGGGUUGUGUUUUGCCUCUUAUUUCCAAUGAGACCUCCGACGCUAAGCAUACAGAACGGAGAACAUCUUCGACUAACUGGAAAGCUCUGGGCGUGGAACAGUAAGCAUAGAAGAAUCUUCAACAAACCGUUUGACUCCAGGACAAGUUAUGGUUCAUCCUUACAAAUAGUGCAAUUCUAUGACAAAGACAUUGGGGCCGGAAGUGUCUUGUACGUUAAACGUGACCUAAAGACCAACCGCAUCCACUUUGUUAUCAAUGGCAAGAAAGGAGGAGUUUCUUUUAGCAGCGGCGCACCGGACUUCUGCUUUGGAUAUGUUCGCUUGAAAACAAUGGACAGUAACAGUAAAAUCCAAGUCACAGUGCUGCCGGAGUUAGAAGGUAAUAGAUCACCUAACCAAGGUCUAACAAAGGUUUUUCAUAAGUAAAGCACUUUUAGGGAGGCUGGUAACAGUUUCCAGAAAUUUUCCACAGCUCUACUUUGACGAUUGAAUAUUUGCACAGUUUAACAAGUGAUAUCGCAUAAAUGCCCAGCCUGUAAUGAACCACUAAGGUAAUCUUUAUGGUAUAAUAGGUUACCAUAGCAACAGUACAACCUGUUAAAAUAACUCUAAACAAGCUCAGUGACUCCUUUUUUUAAUAUUGAACUGUAAUAAGCAUAAUUGCAGCUAAGUUUUGACAAACUUUAAAAAAAUUCUGUCUAGGGGGUUCAGAGCAACCUUAAAUUUUCAAAACCUCAAUUGAUUAGAAGUUGCUAUUGCUGUUGCUAUAUUGAUGUUGUCGCUGCAGUUGCUGUUGAAGCGGUUGCUUCUACCGCUGCUAUGUCUGUUGCUAUUAAAGGUAAUGUUUCUAGUGUUGCUAAUCCUAGUGCGUGUAAGGUUGAUGUUUUGUUGGUUAUUUAAAUCCACGUCCCAAAGUAAUUAAAAAAAAACCUACACUUGUGGCUAAACCAGUAAAUAUAAAUCCAAACCACUCCACACCAGACCACAAAAAUACCACACCACUCCACGACAAUCUACACCAGACCACACUU